UGAGUGGAUGAAAAGAGAGCAAAGAGAGGGGGAUUGCUUCUCCUCUACCUUUUCUCCCUGUUUAAGUUUGGUAGUUGUAGUGCUACAUUAUCUUGUUGUUAAGUGUGGCCAAGGGUCCAUGGCAUGUGUAACCUUACCAUAUUUUUAAGUUUCAACUCUUUUGUGAACAUGGGUCCUCAUAUCUCUUCAUGCUCUCCUCUUCUCCCAUUAAAACUUUUGUAGUUAUCUCACUGAUCAUGUUUCCUUUCUUUCUCUCUCCCUCUCUCUCUCUGACCCAUUUUUUGUCUUGUUCCUCUGUGGCUGUUAUUAUUAUUGCAGGAUAAGGUUGCUGGAGCAAUAUACAUAGACCCAGAGGAAACAUGCAGACACCCAAGACAAGUAGGGGUAGUGCUGCCGAAAAUCGUCAAAGAACAUCUCCUAAUCAGCCUCGAUCAAACCGUCCGUUCAAGGCAGUUGGAUCUGACUCUAGUUCUGCCUCUGAUAACCCAGCAAUUAAAUCUCCUGAAGGUAGAAGUACUAAGAUCAUCGAGCGUCGGUCGCCGACAAGUUUGGAGCGAGAGAAGAAGCGCUCAAUCAAAAUGACCGACUUAGAAGCUCAGCUUCUACAACUCCAAGGGGACUUAAAAAAGACAAAAGAUCAGCUGAUCUCGUCAGAAUCGCGCAAAAUGCGAGCCCAGCAAGAAGUACAAGCCACUAAGAAGCAGCUCGAAGAGUUUUCUACAGCUGAGGAAAGCCGGCUCUUCGAACUCAGAAAAAUCUCUCAAGAAAGAGAUCGAGCAUGGCAAUCGGAGCUAGAAGCCAUCCAAAAACAGCACUCGGUCGAUUCAGCAGAGAUUCAAAGGCUAAGGAUGCAACUUGAGCUGGUCCUUAAAGCACAAGCUGCUCAAGAAAAGCAGUUUGACGAAGAACACUUAGAGCUCGAGGAGCUGAAACAAGAUAUGGCGGAUGCUUUGUCAACUAUUGAGGACCUAAAAAGCCGGCUUAGAGGAAGUGAAAAAGCCGAAGCUGAUGCAAAAGCGCUGUUCGAAGAAGCCAAACAACAGCUGGAAGCUAGCAAGGGAACUAUUGAUACUCUACUAACUGACGGAUCAAAAUUGAUGGAUUCUUUCAGCUUAGUUGUUAAAGAAUUAGAGGAGUCCCGAGCUCGGGUUAAAUCACUCGAAGAAAUGGUGAAAAGUUCACAGAAAUUAGGAACAAAAGAGCUGAGAAUGGCGUUAGGAGAAACCGAAAUAAUGUUCUUCGAAGAACAGAUUUUAAGAAUAAUUCAGAUCAAUUAUGCGACGGAAUCGAUGGAAAAGAUGAAGAUUGAUUCUGAUCAAAGAGAAACCAAAUUGAAAACGGCUUUAGAGAGUACUAAAUCAGAACUAAUUCUACUAAAAGCAAACCUUUUUGACAAGGACGCAGAAAUUCGCAACUUAUCGGAUGUCAACAAGAAGCUGCAGAUGGAAUUAGACAGAGAAAAAAUGAUCCAAAAGGAGUCCACUCUAGAUUCAAACAUAAAAGAAGGGCUUAAAGCAGAAGCAACAAAGUUGAAAGAAAAAUUGACGGACAUUUCAGAAGAGAAUGAGAAGCUUAAACUUGAGAUCAUAAACCGAGAAAUAGAAAAUUGCAAAGCUCACGAGGAAGCAGUGAAUGACGCGAAGUUGGCGAGAGAUAGAGAGGAGGCGGCAUUGAUGAAACUCAAAACAGCUUCUGAGAAAGCUGAAGAGAACGGCAAGAGAGAGGCCGCUGCAGUGGAGAAGCUAAACAAGGCAUUAGAAACUAAGUCAGAAAUGGAGGCAGAAUUGAGGAGAGUUAGAGUGCAGGCUGAGCAGUGGCGUAAGGCUGCGGAGGCAGCCAUGGCAGUGCUAACUGUGGGCAACAAUAACGGCGGUUUCUUGGAGAGGACGGAGUCAUUGGACUCGAAAAGCCAUUCCGUCGCGAAGAAGCUGAUGACCACCUUUCCCUUUUCUGAUGAUUUGGGUGAUGAUGAAUCUGCAAGCAGAAAGAACAGCACUACAAUGCUGAAAAGAAUCAGUGGGAUGUGGAAGAAGUGAUUACUAUAAAAGCACUUGUAUGCUUCUCUAGUACUGUCUUUUUUUUUCUUUUUUUUUUGUCUAUUUCUCUUUUUGUUGGUUGUUUGAUUACAUUUUGUAGUAGUGUUUUGCUGAUGAUACAUAACUUCAUCUCCUGUUGUAGGUCUUGUGUAUAAGGUAAAUGAAGUCCUUUUAAAAAUAGUUAUGCCUAAAAAGUUUGACUUGAACUUUUAA